UGUGUUACUCUGAUUGGUUUAUUAAAAAUAGGCCAGGAUACUAGAUAUAUUUCUGGCCUGCAGUUUCUCUCUGGAUCAGGGUGGGGUGGGGAAUGGCCUAUGAGGUGACCAGUGACAAGGACACGGAUUAUGCCGCUGACACCGUGCUUGAAGUUGGCCACAGGCUGUUCCAUGUCAACAGGCGGCUGCUGGCAUCGACCAGCGAGUAUUUCCGAGCCUUGUUCGGGGGUGGUACCAGGGAGAGCUCGGAGAAUCACAUCGUGUUGCGGGGCCUGGAUCCCGAAGUCUUCCAGCUGCUGCUGGGUUUUGCCGCCCGGGGCCAAGUGAAUGUGGAGCGGCGGAAUGUGGAGGCUUUGCUGGAGGCGGCCGAUUUCCUGCUCUUUGACCGGGUCAAGCUGCUGUGCGCCACUUUCCUGCAGCGGGAGCUGAGGGUGGGGAACUGCGCGGGGGCCUUGGCCUUGGCCCAGCGCUUGGCCUGCCCCAGCCUAGCGGCCGCCGCCCGUGGGGUAGCCCUUACCCACCUGGCCGCCUUCAUGGACGACGAGGAAGAGUUCCUGCAGCUUCCGAAAGAGGCUCUGGCCGAGCUUUUGGCCAGUGACCACCUGUACGUGGCCAAAGAAGACCAGGUAUUUGAAGCGGUGAUGAAGUGGGUGAGUCACCACAACAGCAGGGAAAGUCACUUUCUGGAGUUGCUGGCCUUGGUGAGGUCCCCCUUCCUGAGCCUGUCUUUCCUCGACCUGAUGAUUAAACGCUCCAAGUGCAGCCUGCAGGCUGACCCUCACCACAGACUCCUGAGAAUAUUAAAUCACAGCCUUCCCCAGAAUUGGACCAUGGCCCAGUCCCAGACCCAAAUCAGCAGGAGCUAUGAGACCAUGUAUGUUCUGGGGGGCAAACAUGAGCAAGAACAGCAGGAGCUAUUUCAGUUUCACCCUCAAACGAACACUUGGCAAGCCUGCUCUCCUCUCCGACGCAGAAAACUCACCCAAUAUGCCGUAGCAACAGUAGGGAAUUUUAUCUUUGUGACAGGCGGCUACUUCCGAGAAAGUGUGGUAUGGUACUGUGUGGACUGGGUGCUGGUUUAUAACUGCUGUGAAGACAGUUGGAUGGAAGGACCGUCGAUGAAGCAGUCUCGUAACUGGCAUUGUGCAGUUGGUGUUGGGAUGUACCUGUACGUACUGGGAGGGAGCACUGAUGAGGCUGUCAUCGCUGAUGUUGAGCGACUUCCAUUGAUGGCCACAGAGUGGGAGAAAACAGCGCCCAUGAUGCGACCCGUGGAGAGGGCUGCAGUGGUCAGCACUGGCACCAAUGUAUAUGUUUUGUGUGGACUGGAUGAAAAUGGUGACGUUUACAGUGGGGUGCAGCGGCUAAAUGUGGACAACGAUGUUUGGGACGUGAUCUCCUUCUCCCCGCUUCCUCGGUAUGAUCUCUGUGCCACCAUUCUGAAUGGUGCAGUGUACGUUGUGGGAGGUCAGACGUUCCGUCUGGACACAGACACUGAUGAGUGGACUCCAGUGGAUGAGGAACGCUUCAAUCAAAAGUUCUUUAGUGGUUGCACAACUGUUAACGGGAGGAUCUUUGUCCUUGGGGAGAGGAGAGGGAACACAUCCAUCCCAAACAUGAUUCUCUUUGAUCCCUAUACAGAAACAUGUCAAGUAGUGAAUGCAGCUGUGCCCUGUCCACUCCCUAUUCGAGGCUGUGUGUCCAUCCGAAAGUUCAACGUGAGAUUUGGAAUUUAAUCAGAUACAGUUUAAGAGAAUGAGUCACUUGUGUCACUGGCCCUGUAUCUGUGCUGCCCUUUUGACAGUAGCAUCGAGGUGAGGGAAUCACAGUGCCAGCUUUCUCAGCUCAGGAGAGACCACAAUCACAACUGCUUUCUGGUUACCCUGGACAAAAUCUGGAAUCCUGAUUGGACAUUAGAUGAGGUGUCAAUCAAAAAGUACCCCUAGGUAAACCAUCAAUGCAUUAACGAGAAUCCCUGACCCACAGCCAGUCCCUUUGGGGCUGUUUAUCCUGGUCUGCUGGACAGUGAGCUGAAUGUCAUUUUUUUCACCCUCAUUCAGGCUUUUCCUGCUUCCUGGCUUGGUUAAUAUAAUGUUUUCCUGGUCAUCCUACAAUAAACCCUAGCUCAACCACAACCCUAUUGCCUGUAUCCUUUUUCUCCUUUAUUCGUUCAGAGGAUGACAGCAUCACUGGCUAGGCAGCGUUUAUUGUCCAUCCCUAAUUUCCCAGAGGGCAGUUAAGAGUCAGCCACAUUGCUUUGGGUCUGGAGUCACACAUAGGCCAGACCUGGUAAGGAUGGCAGUUUCCUUCCCUAAAGGACAUUAGUGAAGUUUUUCCCCAACAAUCGGCAAUGGGUUUAUGGUCAUCAUUAGACUCUUAAUUCCAGAUACUUUUUGAAUUUAGAUUCCACCAUCUGCCAUGGCGGGAUUUGAACCCAUGUCCCCAGAACAUUAUCUGGCUUAACAGUCCAUUGAUAAUACCACUAGGCCAUUGCCUCCCCUCUAUCCCAUCUUACAAGUUUGGUUCUGAAGAAAAAUCAUGCUGGACUUGAAACAUUAACUCUGUUUCUCUCCAUGGAUGCUGCCAGACCUGCUAAAUGCCUCCUUUUGCAGUUUAAGCAUCACCUGUGCACUCUGACUGUGGCCUCUUAUGCAUCUGCUGACACCCACUACCUCCACCCUGCUAUUGGCAUUGCAGUGACCUAGACCAUAUAUUCAAUAGAAUUCCUCCCUCUAUCCAGCUCCCUAUCUGCUGCUUUAAGACCUUUAUACCUGUUCUUGGUUCAGCAGCCGUUUUCCCAUGCCUUGGCACUAUUGGACAUUAAAAAGGUGAGUUGUUUACCUAGAGUCCUACUUAUUCGUACUGAUCUGCAGCAGACCAGAGCCAGUACAAUGAACAAUUGAUCAUUUUAUGGGUUUUCUUUUCUUUCUGACCGUGUGUGUGUGUAUUUUGGACUGAAAACAAAGUUGGGCUUUUCUGUCACCAUUUGUAGCAUCGCUGUAACAUGGUGGAAGAUUCCAGAGAAUAUGCACGCUAUCACAGAUGUUGGUGAGAAAGUCAGGAAAUUGGAUUCUUUGAAUAAAUUAAGUGUGAAAUUCAGCAGAGGUA